UUGUCACUAUGGCGUGAUUACGUCACGUAUUUCCGAGGGGUCCCGCCCGUCCCUUUCGUCACGUCUCCCGGGCGCCCCCUGAUGACAUCACCUCUCCCUCCCGACUCAUUGUGGAAGAUGGCGGCUGCAGAGUGAGCGCGCCUCCUCCGCGUGCGGUACCGAGCAGCGCACACCGAGCGCCUGGAGCGACAUGAAGCGGCAAAGCGAGCGCAGUGAGCAGAGCCCGGGCCGCGCCAAACGUGCCCGGGAGAGGCGGGAGGAGGCCAGCGGGACUCACCAUAAAAGCUCCGGCAGGCGAGAGAGGCCUAAUCAGGCCGGAACCUCCUCCUCAUCUUCUUCUUCCUCCUCCUCACGGCGGCCCCGAGACCCCCCGCCACGACCGCUUUUGCUGCCCACCCCAGGCGAGACCACGGGCUUGGAGUACAAGACGCUGCUGAUCAGUAACCUUGGCUCGGCUCUGCCAGACCCGCUGCUGGAGGACUGGUUGUUCCGGCAUUUCCAGCGCUUCGGGGAGAUCAGUGUCAAGCUGUCACACACCCCGGAGCUGGGGCGGGUGGCCUAUAUAAACUUCCGCCGGCCCGGGGAGGCACGACAGGCCAGGCACGCUAAGCUACGACCCGUGCUUUACGAUCGCCCCCUGCGAGUAGAGCCGGUCUUCACCCAGCAGCCCACACGCCGGCCAGAGCCAACCCCGCUGCCUCUCACCACUCUCCCUGCCUACCCCCGCUCUACCUCCCCGAGACACCUGCUCCUGCCCCCGGCCCUCACCUCUACAACAACCACUGCAGACAGCUACUACUCCCUGUACGAGGAGAGGGCUAGAGGAGCCACCUAUGGUAUGAGCAGCACCAGUACGGCCGAUGAUGAGCAGCUCGCCCCGGAGGACGAUCACCGAGCCACACGUAACCUCUUCAUUGGCAAUCUGGACCACGCCGUGUCCGAGGUGGACCUGAGACGGGCGUUUGAUAAGUAUGGCCCCAUUGAAGAAGUAGUGAUCAAGCGCCCAGCGAGGAAUCAGGGAUCAGCCUACGCCUUCCUCAAGUUCCAGAACUUAGACAUGGCCCACAGAGCGAAAUUGGCAAUGAGCGGCCGUCUGCUGGGUCGUAAUGCCAUGAAGAUAGGCUACGGGAAGGCUAAUCCCAGUACGCGGCUGUGGGUCGGGGGACUGGGCCCCAGCACGUCUUUAGCGGCCCUGGCCCGAGAGUUUGACAGGUUUGGAAGCAUCCGCACGGUUGACUAUGUAAAAGGGGACAGCUUUGCUUAUAUACAAUAUGAAAGCCUCGAUGCUGCUCAGGCUGCCUGCGCACAAAUGAGGGGAUUUGCACUUGGAGAUCGCAGGCUUCGUGUGGAUUUUGCUAAAGUUACCCCAGAGGAGGCGGCCGCAGCUGCGUCCAGGUAUGCGCCCCUCCAGCCUACUCCAUACCCUCUGCCUCUUCCCUACGAGUUGCUGCAAUCGGAAGCCUACAGCAGGCAUCGACCCACACUGGAACCAGAUCUCCGAGUGAGGGACCGGACGCCGCCUCAUCUUCUCUACUCUGACCGGGAAAGGCCUUUUGUGGAAGCCAGUUGGGUAAACAGCGAGCGCAGGAGUUCUGGUCCAGGUGCCCGCAGCAGGAGUGGGGACCGUGGGGGAGGUGGCAGCUCCAAAACUAGGGAGGAGAGGAGACGACGUCGGAGUUUGUCUGGUGAAAGGGGUAGGAGUAGAACUGAAAGGAGCCCUGACCGUCCCAGGAGAGAAGCAUCGGAGAGAGAUCCUGGAACUCCGCCAUCUCCGCAACACAAUCACCGCCCCCCACCGCAGGACAAGCCAAGGCCUCCUACACCUGAACCCCCACAACCCAGAAGGAACCAUCACCCUCGACCCCCAGAGCCUCCGGAAGACAGACAAUCCCCGGUCCCAGAGAAGGGACGGACGCUGCCUCCUGUCUGGUGUGGGCACUUAGUACUGAAGAACAGUUGUUUCCCCACCUACCUACACUUCUUAGAGGGUGACCGUGAUGUACCCAGUGCCCUCCUUAGAGACCGCUCUGCAAACAAUGGGGGCAGCCUGGCACAGCUCAAGAUUGCCCAGAGACUCCGGCUAGACCAGCCAAAGCUUGAGGAAGUUACUAGACGGGUGAAGCAGGGCACUUCUGGAGGUUUUGCUGUACUGCUUGCCAUUCAAGCCCCGCAGACCGAAGGGGUUAUACCCGAGGAGCCCGGCUUACAGCGUCGCCUGCUUAGGAAUCUUGUCUCUUACCUGAAACAGAAGCAGGCAGCUGGGGUCAUCAGCCUGCCAGUAGGAGGGAGCAACAAGGGUAGAGACCCUAGUGGCAUGCUUUAUGCAUUUCCGCCUUGUGACUUCCACCAGUUGUACCAGCAGAGUGCCCAGCGUACUGUGGGCAAACUAGAAGAGAACAUGAUUAUUGUGCUAGUGAAAGAUGGCGCUUGAUUCAGGAGUCGCUGCCCCCGUCCUGACUGUCCUGUGUCCUCUCUCUGUUUGGGUUCGCAGCAGCGAUGAGGACAGAGGAGCCUCAAAAUACAUUAGUUGUGAUUAUCAUGGGUUGAAUUGACUCCUUGAGUGCUGAAGGGGGCUGCGAUGAAAUGUACUGCGGACCCCCUUCAGCUCUGAAAGGGUUAAAGACAAUUAAACAACAAUUAACCACACUGCUGUCAUAGCUCUUUGUUUAACAGGUAGAGGUGGUAAACCUCGGGGACUCUUCCUGCUCGCUGUCCCCAAAGUGAUAGUGACAUCUUUAAGCAAGGUGACCGUUCAGGGCAUGUUUUAUAUUUGUUAAUAGCUGAAUUCUAUCAGUAAAUUUACUGCCGGACA